AUGGAUAGGGCUGCAAAAAGCAUGCAUAGAGACUGGUCACAACUUGUCCCUGACAUCUUAGAUUUGAUAGCAUCACGCUUGAGUCUUGAUGAUUAUUACAGGUUUCGAUCGGUUUGCACUGCAUGGAGGCAUUCAAGAUCUUCUUAUCAUCGACAUCCCGUUCCAUGGCUAGUUUAUUCCAAGAGCAAAACCAGAGGCUUCUAUUGCCUCCACAACAAUAGAUUCUACCAAAUACCCUUACCUAAAGGUAGGUGCGCUGGAACAUCUUAUGGCUGGCUGAUUAUGUCUCACGAGAACUACGAGACCUCUUUAUUCAACCCUUUCACUGGAAAUAAGAUCUCGUUGCCAAAUCGGCGGUCGUUGUUCAAGUUUGCUAUAUCAGAGAACGAUCCAUUAUGGAACGUACAGCUGUCUUAUGAAUUGACCAUGCAGCAAGUGAGGCAGUUUUACAAGCAACAAGUGGAUCUGUUUCCCACGCAGCGAUUCAUCACAGGGUGGAAAUAUAAAAAAACUCCAUAUUGCAUCAAGAAAGCUAUUUUAUCAUCGGAGCCCACUAUGGCUAACAUAGCUGCUGGUCGGUGCAAGGUUGCUGCAAUUGUGGUUGAUGAUAAUUUUGACGAGCAUAAUAUGAUAGCGUUUUGCCGUCCAGGAGAUCAAAGCUGGACAUCGUGUGUGCUCAGCCCUCGCGAUGAUGACGACAGACGCGAUGAUCCCGACAGACGCGAUGAUACCGACAUAAUUUUUAGUGAAGGAAAGUUUUAUGCCAUCGAUCGAUCCUUUUGUCUCUAUGUUCUCAACAUCGAGGACAAGGAUAUGUCUUGGAGAAAAUUGCCAACAACUCCACCUAGUGAUAUGAAGUACGAAGAACAAAAUUUCCGUAACCGCCCAUACUUGGUGGAAUCACGAGGAGAACUUCUAUUGAUUAUUAGGGUAAUGUCAGAACGUCCUGGAACUUGGCAUCACUACACCAAGUCAUUCUUAGUAUUUAAACUAGACACAACAAAUGAUCCCGCAAGUUGGGUUAGAGUAUAUGACAUGGAUGGUCGCGUCUUGUUUGUUGCUCAAGGUCCACCGCAAUUAAUUGAAUUGUCUGGCUUCCAUGAACUAUCUGGUUCUGAAAGCAAUUGCUUCUAUUAUGUUGACGAUGACUGCACCGAUGAUAGUCCAAACCUUGAUAUUGGCUUGUUUAGGUUGGAUAGUCCAAACCUUGAUGUUGGCUUGUUUAGGUUGGAUGGACGUAGUCAUGAACACCCGUUUCGAAAGGAUGAUAUUUCUUGCAUACAAAAUUAUGUCUUUCCAUCUAUUUGGAUCACACCGAAUCCAUAUUAA